AUGCUGUGUGGAGGCAGAACGAUGAAGGAUACGACUCGUCACAAGGCAUUACUUAACCACAGGAUUUUGGUCGCUUCUCAAGAACGUACUCGCGAUCUAACAAAGAUGGAAGAAAGUCUUCCUUAUCCUAGUGAAGAUGAAGAGGACAUGAAAUUAUUUCAGAGCACGAAUGAAGUUUCCAAACUUAUUAUGCGCCAGGCUAUCUACAGCCAGAACGAUCCUUCAUCUUCCCGACAGAGGUCGUCAGAUCCCGCCAAUGACGCAGAUCUAGAUGUACAUGGGCACAUGAAUGGAGCUCUUAAUUCGAGCUCUGAGGUUGACAUGCAAGGAUUGUCCUCUGGCCAGGAAUCCCCAGAAGCUCAAGACACACCUUCACCAGGGUCAUCUCACCCUAAAAAUACCGAGAAGCGGUCAAUAAGCUUACCUAUGGCACCAGAAGAUCGAGCCAAGUGGGAUCAGGUAGCUGGCCUGUUUGAUCUGAAUCCUACUUCUCAUGCACAGGCUCUAAACAUCAGUUCGAUCACAGGUGACAACAAUCGGUAUCACGCACUUGUCUGCCUUAUGCACCAGUUGCGACAAGACUUUGCCAAACAGCAACUGGGAAAUUGUUCUUCUGACCACUGGAAGCCAGAUCCGGAUUUGGGUCCGGAAUUGAUGAGAAUGAUGCGCCUCACCCUACGCUGUCACACAAUCGAAUCAUACAUUAUUAUAGAUUCCCAAACCGAGCCGAUGGAGGGUUCAUUUUAUGAGAAGGCUAUGCAAGCUAUUAACAGCAAAUCUGACUCAUGGAAGUCUGAGUAUCUACCUCCAAGAUUUGGAACCACUUCAGAAGACAAGAAUGAUCAUGAAAUAUUCAUGAGACUUUUCAGAGAUAAACUAAGAGAAGUCCUAGAGGAAUUCAGAUUGAUUCUUUUGACUCACAUAUACACACCAACAAGAAAAUUAGAUGAUCCUGUUCAAGCAGUGCCAGAUAUAAUUGCCCUACAAGGACUGUUGUUUCGGUUUUUCGAUAAGAAUGACCGUCGUACAGACGAAGAGAUCAACGCGCAGAUAGAUCCAAAGGCCACACUUCGAUUUGCUUACCUUAGACUCGAAGUUGUCGAACACCACCUGACCAUUCCUAUAAACCGCAGGGGCGGUCCCGAUUCUUCUCCAUGGUCUUGCGUAGAUGUCAAGCUUUCUAGUCUUUGUGAGAAAGAUCGAACUUAUCAAAGAGCGUUUGGCGUUCUUGUCCUCACAAGGGAUGAAGGUUUCUUUGAUGGACGUAUGACGGUAAAAUUGAUCAAGAAACGUUAUCAAUGCAGGGUACCCACAGAUCAUGAAAUCGAGUCAAUAACUGGGGACUGGCGUAUGUAUGCAACUUGA